AUCUUCAGAAUUAUUUCUUCAUGUUUACGUGAAGCGAGAGGUUAUACGGUACGAGGAGAACUCUUCUCAGGAAUUUUUUUGUAAAACAAGUACUUGCAAAAUAAUAAUCAAGAUGACUAUCGGCAAGAACAACAAGAUGUUACAGCACAUCAACUAUAGAGUCAGAAUCAUUCUGCAGGACUCUAGGACUUUUAUCGGCACUUUCAAAGCUUUUGACAAACAUAUGAAUCUGAUACUCGGUGAUUGCGAGGAAUUUCGCAAGAUCAAGCCAAAGAACACCAAGCAGCCUGAAAGGGAGGAGAAGCGUGUCCUGGGAUUUGUUCUUCUACGGGGCGAGAAUAUAGUUUCGCUGACUGUCGAGGGUCCGCCUCCUCCUGAAGAGGGCUUACCUAGGGUACCGAUUCCAGGAGCAGCUCCUGGGCCAGGUAUGGCUCGUGCAGCUGGCAGAGGUAUGCCUGCAAAUGUGGCGGGAGUGCCAGCUGGUCUUCAAGGUCCUGAGGGUGUCGGAGGACCUUCCCAACAGAUCAUGACUCCUGGCAGCAGAGGCCAGGUCUCGGCGCCGCCUCAGAUACAUCCUGGGGGCCCACCGCGAAUGCCUGUUGGUGGGCCACCACCUGGCAUGAUGGGACCACCAGCUGGAAUGAUGGGUAUGCCACCUGGAAUGCCACCUGGAAUAGGACGUGGUGGCCCACCAAUGGGACCACCUGGAAUGAGAGGCCCACCUCCUGGUUUGAUGCGCGGUGGUCCCCCUCCUCGUCCAUAUUAACAAUUAUUCAAAUACCUAAUGAUACAAUUAGGGACAAUAAGAAGUUCUUUGAUAUACAUAUAUGAUACCCUAGUCUUUACACAAUUCCUUUCAAUGAUGUGAGCAUGUAUUGGCCCACAAUUCCUUUCAAUGGUGUGAGCAUUUAUUAAAACUUGGUAACAAAUGAUAGAGUGCUCAUUUGGUGAAUUUUCUAUACUCCUGAAAAGCAAGUUUUUUAAAUAUAAUAUUAAUAUAAUA